GCAAAAUCCCCAUCUUGCUGCUUUGGUUGCUACAGCCAUGGGGACAGCGAGCGGAUCGACUAGUGCUCCAACGGCGCGGCCACUGUCUGCCCAUGUCAUCGAUGCCGCCAUGCAAGAGAAACUCAAUCAUGACAAGAUCCAACUACGAAUAGAAAAUGAGCACUACAUUCGAAAGCAUCCAGAAAUCAAACAUAUUCUGGACUAUUUCAUGACGGAAGUUUUGACCCAUCAACCGAGUAACGUACAAGAAUUUGCCGCAGCUGUACUAUCCGACCCAGAUCUGCGGGCGAAGGUGGAGAAACACAAAAUCCAGGCUCAGCAGUUUGAUGAAACACUUGGCCACAGCGAUAAACCCUAACCCGCGUUGGUAACCAUCCCGUCCCCAAUCAUCACUACCAUCCGAAUACCAUUUUCUCGUCCACGGCUAUGGAACGGACGUGCGUCGAUACGUUUCACAAAGUAAAUAUAUAAGGACUACUGGGUAGCAUUCCGCGACAGCUAUUACCACGCGCCAUCGACUUCCAGAUAAAACACCUAGCCAGUCUGCAUGUUGAUAAACUAACUACAAUUAUAUACAAUCAUUUGCUCUUGCAACUCAGUUGGAAAUCAGAUUCCUGAAUUUGCCCCGAGUCCGCUGUACGUGUCGUUCCGUCUGCCACUCUCCCUUUCGCAA